GGGAUUUGAGGAUAACCGGAAGCAGCUGCUGCUGAAGCAUCGUUCACGUCUCCGUUUAUAGUCUCAGAUGCUACAAAUAAUACGCCGACAGGAAAAUGGCUUUGACUGAAGACAUCAUCUUAACAUUUUUACAGGAGCGCGGGGGCAAAGUGAAGAACUCGGAGCUUGUGAACAAGUUCAAAGUAAUGAUCAAUUCUGGCGAUUCCGCGGAAAAGAAAGAUAAGAGAGAUUUGUUCAAACGACUGGUCAACAACGUCGCCGUGGUGAAACAAGUCGAUGAUGUGAAGUAUGUGGUGGUCAAGAAAAAAUAUCAAGGACUCGUCAAAGGUGAAACGAUCUUGGAUAACAGUUUAUUUGACUUAAAAUCCCCGUUCAGAUCCGAAAUACAAAACGCGGAUAUUCUUAAUAACAAUUGUUGUACCUUUCCCACCCAAACUGUGGAUAAUGAGAGUGAAUAUGCAUCUAUUAAAUGGGAUCGUUCCGAAAAACGGGAAGCUGAUUCAGUCCAUCCUGAAGGACCAUCUGACGGUACAGAGUCUUUGACAGCAAGAGUCCUUAAAGUGACAGGCAAUGUCAGAAGUGGCCAAACAGGGUCUGUUUUCGCUCUUGUGGCCAUAAAAUCUCCACCAGAGUAUGAAAGGAGUAACACACAUCACAAAACAACAAAUGAAGAUUCUUUAGAGGGUCAAGUGAUUUCUGAAAGGACCUUGAAACUCCAGGCAACUGAAUAUCAUAAAGGGGCUUUUCUGUACAGGUCUACAAGAUCCAAACAAAAAGAGCUUGAAGCACAAGGUUCACCACAAUUGCAAAGGUGUAACAAAAUAGCCAGACCACGUAAUGAAGCUAAAGACACAGAUGUACUUCCCCUAGAACCUGUGGAACACGAGUGGCUUGUGAAAUCAGCAAAAGGAUGCUGGAGUCAGAUCUAUGGCCUCCUCCUGCAAAAUCCCCAGAUGGCGGAAAAGAGAAAUUUCCUGUCUGGCUUCACAAUCCUGCACUGGGCUGCUAAAAGCGGAAACGGUGAAAUGGUGUGUAAAGUCAUUGACGUUGCAAGACAGAGUGCUGGAGGAAUCAAUGUUAAUGCCAAGUCUUAUGCUGGGUACACCCCUCUUCACAUAGCUGCCAUUCACAGCCACGAGAGGGUUUUAACCCUGCUGGUGUGUCAAUACGGUGCCAACACUAAUGUAAGGGAUAACAGUGGUAAAAAACCUUACCAUUAUUUGAGUCAAGAUGUGUCAUUUGAAAUGAGAAAGAUGCUCGGAGAUCCUCUAAUCCUGCGGCAGGAUACUCACUGUCAUUUGGGGGGUGGUCCAAACCUUCAAGACUUUCCUAAAGGAUUUAACACUUUGAGCAAACUGUUUGUUGUGGGACAUAAAAAGAAACAUAGAUGUCGGCAAAGUUUCCAUUUCAUCAGCGAUGAUCAUUAGGACCCUGGAAAGCUCACUGCACAUUGAAACUGUUUAAAAGAAAUAUCAACUGAAAGUCACUUAAAAAUUUAAAGACACUUAGUCCUAGCCUAUAUAACUUUUAGUAUGUUUAAAGUCAUGUGUUGUUAAUUUAAUUGGUUAUCUUAAAGAUGAGAGCCAGUAACACUUUGUUUACUAAUAAUUAUAGUUUUGUUAAUGAAGUAACAAUAAAAUACAUACAUUUUUACUCUAAAAGGGUGAAUGUUACAGAGCUUGUCAAGAGCAUGUCCUCUUCAAAAUUUCACCAUAGUUAAAAGGGAAUAAGACACUAUUUUGCUUAAACUUUCAAAUUUCCAUUAUUUGUAAAUC